UGAAUCAUGUGUUGAACUUAGAAGUCGAUUGUAUCAUCUUGAUAAAUCAUUACACUUGAAGUUAAAUGUGUAUGAAAUUAUUUAGUAUGAAAAUGAAAUGGUUUAGUGUUAUGUAAAAUAAAUAAUGAGUUACAGCUUUCGGUUAAACAGAAAUAACUGUUUGCUGCUUAAACAUUAAUACUAAUUAUUGUAGAAUAUGUCUAUAGUAUAGUUGCAACCUAUUGGAAUAAUAUAAUCAGACACUAGACACCCCUUCCUUAUCAUCAGUCGUACUUGUAACGAACGUCAAAAGUUUACGUUAGGCUUGAUCAGUUGAUGUAAAAAUUGUUAAUAAUGGAGGGAUUCGACGAAGCAUUUUAUAACCGGCAGCUUUAUGCAAUUGGUUAUGAUGCUAUGCGAAGUCUUUCAGGUACGAGUGUUUUACUUUGUGGCUUUGGGGGACUUGGGAUUGAGAUUGCUAAAAACCUUGUUCUAUUAGGAAUUAAACAGCUAACAAUAAACGUCAAAAGUUUCAGAGCAGCAGACACUGCAAGAAUACAUUCUAUUUCAUUUCUUGAUUCAGGCAAUGCCAAUGUGUCUUCAAAAACUUUUAUUUGGAAAAGGAAACUUCAGGAAUUAAAUUCAGAUGUAACAAUCACAAUAACAGAAAAAAGUGAAGAAAAUCUUCUUGACUGUGAGUGGUUAAGUUGUUUUCAGUGUGUGAUAUUAACAGAAACACAGUUAGACACACAAAUUGCUAUAAACAAACUGUGUAGAAGUAAAAACUACCCUAUUCCAUGUAUAGUUACAGAUGUGUUUGGUUUCUGUGCUUCUAUAUUUUGUGACUUUGGUGAAUCAUUCACUGUAGUUGAUGCAGAUGGAGAAGAGCUGAAAGAAGUCCAAAUUGGAAACAUUGCAGUAACAGAUGAUUUAAUAAUUAUUUUUACAGUAGAUAGCAAACAUCAUGGUUUUGAUACAGGGGUAAAAGUAAUUUUAAGUGACAUUGUUGGAAUGGAAGCAUUAAAUGGAACAGUUGUUUCAGUUAAUGUACUUUCACCAUCAGCUUUUUCCAUUGUCACAAAUAGUGGUAAGUCUCCAAGAGACUAUGGAAAUUAUGUGAGAGGUGGACUUUGUAGACAAGUGCAAAAACCAAAGUCUGUGUAUUUUGAAUCCAUUGAAACACAGAUUUGGAAGCCAACUUUCAGUACUUCAAACAUGACUGUGCCAGAUAUUGUAGAAAACAUUCAUGUUGGAUUACUUACUACCCAUUUUUUUUACAAAAAAGAAGGAAGACUUCCAAGAAUCAGAUGUGAGCAUGAUAGUAAGUAUUUCCUUGAAAUGGCAAUGGAUGUAAAUUCCAAACUAGAAAAACCAGUUGAAUUUCUUCAUAAAAACUUUUUACAGAUGUUGUCAUUUACAGCAAGGGGUCAGGUAACUCCUCUUUUAGCUUUUCUUGGUGGUGUUGUAGGUCAAGAGGUACUAAAAGCUGUUACAAAAAAGUUUACUCCUAUACAGCAGUGGUUUCAUUUUGAAGUACAAGAAGUGUGUUCUAGCUCAGAUGAUCCUGAUAACUUUGUGCUAAAAAAUGAUAACCAAGACUCUCUCAGAAUAUGUAUUGGUAACAGAUUGUGUGAAAUGUUGGCAGAAACAAAGUUGUUUAUAGUAGGAUGUGGAGCUGUUGGAUGUGAAAUCAUAAAAAAUUGUGCACUGUUAGGAGUGGCUUCUGGUGGUGGUAAACUAACAUUAACAGAUCAUGACCUGAUUGAAAAAUCUAAUUUGAAUAGGCAAUUUCUUUUUCGAAAUCACCAUAUUAGGCAACCAAAAAGCAUGAUUGCUGCUAAAGCAGUACAGGAAAUAGAUCCAUCAAUAAACAUAGAAUGUCAUCAGUUAAAAGUUUGUGUUGAAACAGAUCUUUUUAAUGAUGAAUUUUUUAACCAGCAAGACCUUAUAGUAAAUGCCCUUGACAACUUAGAGUCAAGGCGAUACAUGGACAAACGCUGUGUUGAAAAUUGCAAACCUUUAUUAGAGUCUGGUACGAUGGGUAGUAAGGGUCAUGUUCAGGUUAUUAUUCCAAAUUUAACAGAACAUUAUUCUGCACAGUCUGAUCCUAGUAAUGAAGAAUAUCCCCUUUGCACCAUUAAGUCUUUUCCUUCGCAAUUGGAACACACGGUACAGUGGGCACUUGACAAAUUCACGAGGUUGUUGUAUCAAAAACCUAUAAUGUGGAAUCAGUUCUGGAUUAAAAAUAGACAUGUGCAAGAUAUAUUAGUGAAGUUAGAGUCUGGAGAUCCUGUAGAAAAUAUUUUUUGUGUUGCAAAAUUUUUAAAGGUAAGACCUUAUUCUUUUGAGGAUUGUGUUAGAAUUAGCAGGAUACAGUUUGAAAAAUAUUUUAAUCACAAAGCAUUGCAGUUGCUUGGGGUUUUCCCUUUAGAUUCAAAGCUUCGGAAUGGCACAUUUUUCUGGCAGUCACCAAAACGACCUCCUAAACCUCUAAAUUUUUCUUGGGAGGAUGAACAGCACAGAUUAUUUGUUAUUUCAAUGUCCAAACUGUUAGCUACUAUAUGGGGUAUACCAUUAACUUCUGCAGACACAAAUUUAGACAAUAUACAGCAGAUUACAUCUACAGUAAAGGUACCAGACUUUUAUUUGGACCCUCAGAAACACAUUGAAAUUGAUGAAAAAGCUAAGGUACCUUCCAUAACUUUUAAGCAUCAGGAUGAAAUGAAUAAAAUGACUCUAAAGGCUUUAAUAACUAACAAAAUGUCUCAUGAUAUGAAUGAAAUUUUUCUUGUGUCUCCUAUCCACUACAACAAAGACGAUUAUACAGAGGGUCAUGUUGACUUUGUUACAGCUGCAGCAAAUCUCCGAGCUCAGAUGUAUGGCAUUCAGCAAGCUUCCAGAACUAGAAUUAAGCAGAUUGCUGGCAAAAUCAUACCUGCUCUUGCCACAACUACUUCUGCUGUAGGAGGCCUCAUGGCUUUGGAAUUAAUAAAAAUUGUGAAAGGCUUAAAAGAGAUUGAACAUUACAGAAAUUACUUCCUAAACCUUGCAAUUGCAUCAUUUGUACCAUCCCAACCAGCUCCACCUCAGGUCCAGAAGUUAGGUACUGAUAUUUUGUUUACAGUUUGGGAUCGAUGGGAAAUCAAUGGGUAUCCAAAAAUGACUCUUCAAGAUUUCCUGGAUGCUCUACAAAAACAAACUGGAUUGCAUCCAAGCAUGGUUGUUAAAGAAGCAAAAAUGAUAUGGGUAUACAUGAUGCCAAAUCAUAAUAAAAGAAAAACUAAAACUAUGAAACAUCUGAUAAAACCUUCUGAUCAACAAAAAUAUGCUGACUUAACUGUCGCAUUCCAACUGGCAACAGGCGAUGAAGCUUUAGGGCCAAUUGUGAGGUACUACUUCAAUCUUCGUUCAAAAAAGUGAACUCAAUAACGGAAGAAUAAAUUGGUGCUGAGUAUUUCCACUAGAUUUUAUAUGUUUUUCUAUGUAUUUUUGUGUAUUGUAGGUUUCUAUACAUAGACUGUUAUGACAAUAAUCUUGUGAUCAGAUCAAGUGACUGUUUUUUUAUAGUAUUUCUUUAGUUUGAAGUGACAAGAAAAAGGCUUAAUAAUUAGAAGAAAAGGUUCAAAAAGCAGUGUUGCUGUAAUUAUCAGUAAAAUAUUGUAAUUAAAAAGACACUGAGAGGUUUUAUUUAAGGUUAUGUACUUGCAUAAUAAUAAUAAUGGUGUGGUAAAAUAGUUAGUUUCAUGAAAAUGGUACAUUUUAUAAUUUUCCUUUAGCAGUUUUUAGGUGUAAGUGAAGAAGUACAACAACUGUUAUGUUGAAAAACAGAUAAUUAAACAGUGUUAUAACAUUGAAUAAUUUGUUUUUCUAUACACACAUUUCCUGAAAAAAUUGUCAAACUGUGCUUUUUCAACAGUUCCAGAAUACUUACAAAACUGUUAAAAUAUAAUUAUAGUAAUGUUAGUUGAGAGGAGAUGAUGAUAUCAAAUUACUUUUUGUAUGAGAAACAUGUCUAUAUCAAGGAUGAAGAAGAGUGAGUAGAAAUACACUAGUUUUGUACUGUUGACUAUCUGAUGUGUGUGUGUGUGUAUGUGAAUAUCAAGAUAUUAAUAGUUCAUUAAAACAGUAAAGUCUGAGUAUUAAAAUAUUCAGAAUUGGUUUUAUGUAAAAUCUAAUGUUUAGAACUCUUAACAUUUUAUUUUUUCUGACAGUGAAAUUUUACAUUCAGUGGCAUUGGUUUCAUUUCUAUUUUAUUUUUUUGAUGUUGAUGUUUUACGAUAUGAGUAUUUGUUAGCACCAAUGUCUGAUAUUGGUCACUGUCCAAAAUUUGUCAUUAAAUCGUGAUUUGACCAUGUGAAAAAAAGCUCAAUCCAGAUUGCAGUUUGAUCAAACAUCUUGACUGCUGGUUGCUUAUGGUCUUUGGUGCCAACAUAUGUAUAUCUCUCUCAAAAUUCCAAAUUUAUGCAAAGUGUAGCUACUUAUUCAGUAGCUACCUGACGAGUCACUGAUAAGUUUGUGGGUUUAUAAUGCUAAUAGUAGGAGUUUGAUACCUACAGUAGGUACAGCACAGAUGCUCCAAUGUAUAUAUUGGCACUUGAAAACAGAAAAAAGAAACCUUUCUUAGUAAUAUAAAUUAGUCUUAAACGUUUGAUUUGUAAUUAUUUUAUGCAUUGUUUAUUUCACAAUUUUGUGCUCUGUAUCCUAAUAGAAAAUUCAGCUUAAAUAUGUUCAAUAAUAAAACAUAUUCUUGCUUUGAAAUACUAUACCAGUAGAAACAACAGCUUAGCAUAGUAUUUCAGGUGAAGAGUACAAGUGUACUGCUCUAUGUCACAGUGUCACUCUUACUAUUUACUUUUUGUAUGUUUUUUGCAAGACAGAGUAAUCUGAAUGUUAUUUUGUUGAAUGUGAUAAUUUUAAAGUAAAAUUAAACCUUAAACUGUUUGGUGUUUUUUUCAGCACAAUACUUAGAAUGUGAUGUUAUAAAAUGGUAUUAUUGUUUGAAAGAUAAAGGUAAACUACUUUUUUAAUUGUUUAAAAACAAAAUAUGAAACUUUUAAUGAGCUUGAAUUUGUCAAACUGAAAAAACUAUAAUUUCUAGUUACGUAUGGCCAAAAAAAAAAUUUGGUCUGUUGUACUUUUCAUACUUGGUUUCCUACCUAAAAGCAUGCACUUUUUGUGAUUAUAUUCUUAUUAACCACUGUUUUACUAACAUGUUUUGUUAUAUGUACUGAACUAUAAAGAGUUAAGAGGUAUGAUAAAAUUUUAUAUGAAUUUAUAUACAUUAUUAUGUGUUGGCAUUCAAAAUGCUCAAGUUUAGAAACUUAACUAUGUAUGUUCCUUUUAAGUGUAAAGGAAAUGUGAUAAACCUAAAGUUUUUUUGAAAACUGAGAUAAUCUUGGAGUUAGCUUUAGGGAAGGAUGUUCAGUGCAAUAGUGCAUAAAUCUAAGGAAAGUUUAUCAAACUAGUACCACAGAGAAAAGUCUGAGAACUUACAUAGGUAACCAGUUGUAUCCCGGUGCAAUUAAAAUAUUGGAUUUUAUUCAAAAUGAAAAAAAAAUAAUAUCUGUAAACUUGCAGAAUAAAGUUAUUGGGAUGGUGAGUUAUUUGAAAAUAUGCAUUUCUGUCUUCUUGUAAUAUUAUAGUCUUUAUUUUUUGUUCUCUAUGUGUGCAGGUUUUACAUAACGUGGUCAAGAAAGUCAUUAAGUUGAUUUUGUUCAAAUCUAACUUUGUUCAUUUUGUUACUCUAAAAAUGGACAAUACCUUUUCUGCCCAGGAAGGAUAUUAUUGUGUAAGAAUGUCAACAGCAGCGUCCUUCAAUGAUUGUUCAGGUGAUAUCCUGAGGGUAUAUCCCUACCUGUGUUGUAAUGAGAAUGACCAUUUGUAUGGGUAGAACUGUCAUCCUGGAUAGAUGUAUGAUUUCUUGCAUGCUUAAAAAUGUUACAUUUGGUUAGUCUGUAUAGUCUGGAAUAUUCCUUGAGUUGGACUAGUGAGGAUGAAAGAAAGAGUCGGCCACUGAAAUAUCUAGUCAGAGUGACAGUCCGUUCUGUUUAUUCAAGAAAGUACGCAUUGUGUUUGUUUAUGAUAUCUUAAUAAAAUUAUUCAUUUUGUAUUACA